AUGGGUACUUUGCGCGCCCUCAUCCCGCCGCCCGCGCUGUCUUCGCGGGAACCGCGGGCUGCCGGCGCCCGGGGCCACGCCGACACUUGGUUGAUGCACCAAGAAGUGAACGAGGGCAUCGCGACCGUGGUCAUGAAGUUUUUCCGCAUGAUGGUGCCAGGCCGGUCGAAAGCGCAGCGCGACGCGGCGAGCUACUGGGGCGAGCCCCAGCUGGCUGGAAGUGCCCCGAAGCAGCCACUGUCCUACCUGAAAAGAACCGCGACGCCCGCGCGGACCUCGGACAGCUAUUUCAUGUCGGCGGGUUUCGCCGCCCCCCGGCGCGGCGCCGGCCAGCCCACCGUGGCCUUCCGGUGCCCGCACCAGGCACGCCUCCGCAUCGCCGAUCCCCGCGCCGGCCGCCCGCGCUCCUCGGUCGCCGUGGGCGUGGCGGGGGCGGCAGGCCAGCUAAACCGAGGCGGGCUGCGCAGCCACGAGCUGCAGCUCGAGGCUCUGGGUUACAUGUUGAUGUCGCCGCGGGGCACAGCAAGCCCGUGCACCUUCAGCGCGCCAAGAGCCGAGUCCAAGCCAGCCUGGCGGAGCGGCGCUGCCCACGCCAAGGCAUCCUGCAGAUUGAAAGCGCUGCUCUGGACGGGCCGCUUCUACUCCACCAAGGACAUGGUCCGCCUUUACAAGGGCCACGUGCUUUCUUUCAUCGGAGGGGCUACCAGCGCGAUCUUCCACGCCACAGACGCGGUCCUGAAGAUGAUUGACGACAUUCAGACUGAAUUCCUUGACCAUGUGUCUCUGACGGGCGAGGAAGCGUUCUGCGAAUUCAAUUUGGCUCCCCUGAAAAUGAGUCGGCAGAUCGACCAUGGCAUCAGGCAUCCGCAUCGACACCUCAGCGUCAUGGCAGGCAUCUCGGCUCAAGGCGCGGCGGGCUCGCUGCUCGUGGCGGGGCCGGGGGCCAGGAUGGACUCCAACGCUCCGAAGCUCGCGAAGGUGGAGAAGAUACUGGGCCGCACCGGCUCCCGCGGCGGCGUGAUCCAGGUCCGGGUGAUGUUCAUGACCGAGACUACACCAGAGCUCGCCGGUCGUUCGCUCAUCCGCAACGUGAAGGGCCCGGUCCGCGAGGGCGACAUCUUGGCGCUGCUGGAGACAGAGCGCGAAGCAAGGAGACGCUGCGCUGAUGAUGCUCGCCAGCAGUUGCAGGAAGCACCGGCCAAGAUGGUGAACCUGUCGAAACAGCUGGUGCUCUGA